GAGACAGCAGGAAGUGACGUAGGGCACCCCUUCCGGUCCGCCGGAUUAUGAAUGGCGUUGGGCGGGGGACGCGCAGACACGUUGUCUCUUCCUUCUUUUCGCCCCCCUUUCCCCAGCUCAGUGCCUCGCUGGGAGGCGAGUGCUCCUCCUCAGGCCGCGGCUUCCAGAAGUUAGCCUCGGAGUCCCGGCUCGAGCUGGGCGGGAAGGCGCGGUGGCCCGUGUCGUCGCCCGCAUGCUCCCGCGCCCUCCCUGCCUGGCCGCGCCCCUGCGACCAGGUCAAAUUUAACUGCACGCAUUAUGACUUCAUAACAACAGACAGUUCUUUGAAUCUCCAGAGAGAUUGUAUAUUCUUCUAUAACUAAGAUUUCAGUGACCCAAUGACAACAGAAGAUGAAAGGCGUUAAGAAAGGUCCUGCGGAGGAAUCCCUGUACCUGGAGUACUCUCACCAAACCGAAGGCUGCAUCUUUCCUCUCCACACAUCUGUAACUUUGUUUUUAUUAUCAUACUGUGAAUGCAAGGCCUUUAACGUUUGCUUAGUCCUCACUGAAGAAAGUACAGAUACUUCAGACACUUCGUUCCUAAAAGAGGCACUGCCCCAGGACCUGGAAAUACAGGUCAUUUCAAAGCAGGCGCUCCCUCCGAUUGUCCAGAAUUGCUGUUUGCCUGCGGUGGUAGAUCAACCUGAUGUUUUCUGUAGGGCAGGACUUGCUGUUGUCCUGAGACACAUAAUCCAAAAGUCCUAUGAAGCUGAGCCCUCAAGAAAGGAAAUUUUGGAACUUCUGGGUUUUAAAAAGACUUGUUUGAAAGCUUGUGCUGAAGUUAGUCAGUGGACCAGGCUAUGUGAACUCGCCAUCCCUUUGGCUGUAGAGAAUUUUCUCCAAGAGUCCUCUGAGCAACCCCCAACUAUCCCUGAAGAAAUCCUAGAGCUCGAGAGGAAGCUCAGCGAGCCUGUCAGAGUACACAAUGAUGACAAACUCCGAAGACAGAAGCUGAAGCAACAGAAGGCUGCUGGCAGUGGGCCUCCCUCUGGGAAAGGGAAAGCAAAGAGCAAGGCAAGUGCACAGAAAACAACCAAAGACUUGGCUGCUUCCUCCAAGAGUCUGGAACUGAAGGUGGCGUUCUCAAAGCUCACAGUGCAAGAAGAUGCAGCUGCUAGCAACAGGGAGCCUUCUCACAUCAGGAAAGCAAAAGCUGCCGACCUCCCGCCUCUGGAGCACGUGUUUGCAGAAGGACUGUACUUCACUUUGGCAGACAUCGUGCUUUUGCCCUGUAUUCACCACUUUUUGGUAAUUAUCUGCAAGAAAUUUUCAGAGAAGCUGGAACAGUUUCCACUACUAAUCUCUUGGUAUCAGAGGAUUCAGGAAGUGCCAAAAGUCAAAACAGCAGCUUCCAAGUGUGGGAUCUACUUUCUGUAUUUACCAGAAUUGCUGAACUCUGCAAGUAAACAGCCCGUGAAUUCUAAUGAAGUAGCAGCUGUAGAUGAGCAAAGUGACCCUUUAUUUAUAGGAGGACCAAGACCGACUAUGACCAAGUUGAUGGAAAAAGGCAUUGAAGCCAUGUUUUCUCCGCACCCUUGUCCUGCUUGGACCCUUGACUGGAGUAGUCUUCCUGCUGCCGUCAGCCCGAAGGAAGGUAAAAUGUCCACUGACCGAGCUCUGAGGAAACAGCAGCAGUUAAACAACCUUGUCUACCUGGUGCUGAAUCAAGCCAAACCUGGGGACAGAAUUGUGGAUUUCUGCAGUGGCGGGGGCCAUGUUGGAAUUGUUCUUGCCCACAUGCUGCCCUCGUGCCAGGUUACGUUAAUAGAGAACAAGGAAUUAUCAUUAAUCCGUGCUAAGAAGAGAAGUGACGAACUUGGUUUAAGCAAUAUUUGGUUCAUUCAAGCAAAUAUGGAGUAUUUCACAGGAAUGUUUAACAUUGGGGUGGCCUUGCACGCUUGUGGAGUGGCAACAGACAUGGUGAUCGAGCACUGCAUUCAAACACGGGCUUCCUUCAUCACAUGCCCCUGCUGUUACGGAUUCAUCCAGAACACAUCCAAGUUUAAUUUCCCAAAAAGUGAAAAAUUCAAGAAAACUUUAUCAUACAAGGAACACAUGCUCCUCUGCAGAUUUGCCGAUCAAACAGCUGUCCAGCUCCCACCCGAGAGGAGACUCAUAGGGAAGCAGUGCAUGGGCCUGGUGGAUCUGGACAGAGCAACAGCAGCAGGAGAACACGGCUACUCUGUUCAAGUGAUCUCCAUGGAGCCAGAGAGCUGCUCUCCCAAAAACAACAUGAUUGUGGGUGUCCCCUUGUAGAUGGGCACUCACACGUGAUGCUCUGCCAUUGGCUUUGUGAGGAGAGCCCCGGGGCCGUCCAGGGAGCUGUUGCUGUGCUCCUGGAAGCAGCACUGAGCUGAGCAUGCUGGGCCUGCUGGGAAAGCUGCAGGAAGACCUUGGAAGAGGGAUGCUCCGCUGUGUGCACAGAAGGAUGUCAGGCUUCCAAGAGGGGAUUCCCCGAAGCCUUAGCCGCCAAAGAGUCGUUCUCAGUGGCCAAGUUUCCCUCCGCAGAACCGUUUCCUCCUACUUCCCUGAUGAUGUCAGUGGAAUAUUCAACCCGGGCUAUGACCUCACAGCCUUUCCUUUAUAAUCCUUAGAUAUUCAUACUUGGUGACCAGAGCUAAACUCAAGGUAGUUGUGGUUUUAUAGUCUUAACAAUGUACCUUUUCUAUAGAUUUUUUAAAAUCUAGAAUGGUAAAUUUGGUGGGUUUUUUUUUUUUAAAUCUGACAUUGGUUGAUCUGCAUAUCAUGUACUAUCCUCCUUUUAAAUAUAAAUAUAUGUCCCAUAAAUUACAAAUAAGUUUACUGCUGGUUCAAAGAUUUCACCUAAAAAUUUAUAAGUCAAUUGCACUAAAUUAUAUAUUCUAAAAGUGGAAUUUAGAUGUAAAUUUUAACUAAACAGUAAAUGUAUGCGUUGUUUAGUUCCGAGAUAUAACUAACAAAUGCUAGGGUCUAUUGUUCUCCAAGCCCUGGCCUUGUUUUCUCUGAAAAUUCAAGAAUGAAUUACAUGAGGUACAUUGUUUUGCCCUCCAAAGGAGAUCUUCUAGAUCUAGAAGAGAAAACUUGGGGGGGCAGGGGGGGCAUUCUGUAAUCAUGCCAUCAUGUGUAGCCUUAUGUUUGGGUGCGAAGUGUGCAGACUCUGAAAAGCUCAUUUGGACAGUGCUGGCUGCCUAUGUUUUCUUUCCAGCAGCCAGCUUUUUAAAUUACGCCUACAGACAACUAUCAGCUGUGUGAUGCUAACUAUAAGCCUACAGUAUUAGCAUUAAGAUUAAUUAUUUUAUCUUGAUGUUUUCAUAUCUAAAGCAAAAUCUUAAGGAUUUUAUUUAUCUGCCACUCUACUUUAAAAUGCAUGAAUAAUUUAAUAGGCAAUAUGGAGGGGGAACUUUGUUAAUUUAUGAGAUGAUUUAAGAUGAGCGAUGGUCCUGGUACCUAUGUAUUUUAUCCAUUGGUACUGUUAACUAUACCCUGCUUUGUUUCUUUUUUAAAUUGAGAUAUGCUUUGAUACAAUAUAAUACAUAGAUUUUGUAUUCCUAUUUUAUUUCAUUGAAAAAAAAAAACUUUUCAUAUAG